UCUCCUUCCCCCUCUGCCUCCUCCAUUUCCAGUAUUUGUACUCUGCACUCAUCUCUGCUGCGCUUUGCCUGCACCUUAUUCACAUUCUCACUUUAUCGAUUGGAAUUGUUCAAACCGAUUCCUGGAAAUUGUUAAGAUUGCAACUGAUCAAGAUGAAAUAUGACUGUCUUCUUUUCGAUUUGGACGACACGCUCUACCCUCUGAGCUCUGGCAUCUCAACUGAGUGCCUCAGAAAUAUCGGAGAUUACAUGAUCCAAAGACUCGGAAUCGAUCCGAGAAAGGUUCCGGAGUUCUGCUGUCUGCUAUACAAGAACUAUGGCACAACAAUGGCAGGAUUGAGGGCUAUUGGCUACAAGUUUAACUACGACGAUUAUCACAGUUUUUUAUUUAACAGUUUUGUUCAUGGCCGACUACCAUAUGAGAAGUUAAAGCCUGACCCUGUUCUCAGACACCUCUUGCAGAGCCUUCCAAUCCGCAAAGUCAUAUUUACCAAUGCUGAUAAGAUUCAUGCUGCUAAAGUGCUGAAAAGGCUUGGUCUAGAGGACUGUUUCCAGGGAAUCAUAUGCUUUGAGACACUCAAUCUGCAGCCUUCAGAUUCCGAUCAACAAAGCGUUGUUAAUGACAUAUUUGACAUUGUUGGUCACUUCUCUCGCCCAAAUUCUGGAGUAGAACUACCAAAAACACCAAUUCUUUGCAAGCCAUCCGUAGAAGCCAUGGAGCAUGCUCUCAGAAUUGCUGGCAUAAAUCCUGAAACAACCAUCUUCUUCGACGACAGCAUUCGCAAUAUCCAGUCUGCAAAACGCGUUGGCUUACACACCGUACUGGUGGGCACUUCACAUAGAGUCAAAGGUGCAGACCAUGCCCUGGAAAGUAUUCAUAACGUCAAGGAAGCAUUCCCAGAACUGUUGGCGGAGAAUGAGAAAUCUGAAGUGAUAAAACACUCAGGAAGCAUUGGGCUGGAAACAUCAGUUUCUGCUUGAUUCCUCUCCCUCCACGAACAGAGACAUUUGCAAAAAUCAUAUUGUUAACAGUUCGAAUCUGUCCAUGAUUUGGGAAUCAGCUGGUUGUUUGUUAAUCGAAAGUAAAUGAGAGUCUUGUUCUAAACUCAAAUCUUGUGCUCUUGGUUGCAA